CGCAUGCGCGCCGGCUGUAGUUUGUAGCCGCUCAGAGCAAACACACCCCUGCCGAGAUGGCGACCGAGAUUAUGCUGCUGUAUUUGGCCAUAAAUCGCUAAAGAACUGUUAUGUAUUCAGCACCGUGUGCUAAACGUCCGCAAUGCCUGAAGAUCUUUGAAAAGCUGGACGUUCAGAAGAGUGUUUCCGAUUCCCGUGGAAUCUAUAGGACGUUUGCCCUUUUUGUUUUUAACAAAACGUACCCAAGCCUGACCGUAAAGGAAGGCGCAGAGCUGAAAGGAUACCUGGGCCGCCAGCGCAUCCGAGACCCCCUCUCGUUACGAUGCCCGUUCAAGCGCCACAAUGGACGGAGUUUCUGUUGUGUCCCAUCUGCACGCAAACGUUCGAGGAGAAUGCCCGCAAGCCUAUCAGCUUGGGCUGCGGACACACCGUGUGCAAGAUGUGCCUGAACAAGCUGCACCGCAAGGCCUGCCCCUUCGACCAGACCACCAUCAGCACCGACAUCGAGCUGCUGCCUGUCAACACCGCCCUGCUGCAGCUGGUCUGUGGUCAGGUGCCCAAGUCUCAGCCCGUCACCUUGGUGAGAGGAGCAGAAGACACCAAGCAUUAUGACGAAGCUCGCACCUGUGUGGAGGAGCUGGCUCUCUACCUCAAACCCCUCAGCAACACCAGAGGUGUGGGGUUGGGCAGUGCAACCCAGAGUCUUCUCAGCAGGCCCAUGCAAAGGAAACUGGUGACUCUAGUACACUGCCAGCUGGUGGAGGAGGAGGGUCGUAUCCGGGCCAUGCGGGCUGCUCGCUCUCUAGGGGAACGCACAGUGACCGAGCUCAUCCUGCAGCACCAAAACCCACAGCAGCUCUCCUCCAACCUGUGGGCUGCAGUCCGAGCUCGGGGCUGCCAGUUCCUCGGCCCUGCUAUGCAGGAAGAGGCCCUGAAGCUCGUCUUGUUGGCGUUAGAGGAUGGAUCAGCCCUCUCCCGCAAGGUUCUGGUUUUGUUUGUGGUCCAGAGGCUGGAGCCCCGCUUUCCUCAGGCUUCUAAAACCAGUAUAGGACAUGUGGUGCAGCUUCUUUACAGAGCCUCCUGUUUUAAGGUGACUAAGCGAGACGAGGACUCCUCUUUAAUGCAGCUGAAGGAGGAGUUCCGCACGUACGAGGCUCUGAGGAGAGAGCACGACUCUCAGAUCGUCCAGAUUGCCAUGGAGGGAGGCUUACGUAUAGCUCCUGACCAGUGGUCCUCCCUGCUCUAUGGAGACCAGUCCCAUAAGUCCCACAUGCAGUCCAUCAUAGAUAAGCUGCAGACCCCAGCGUCCUUUGCCCAGAGUGUGCAGGAGCUCACCAUUGCCCUGCAGAGAACAGGAGACCCAGCCAACCUCAACCGCCUCAGACCGCAUUUAGAGCUGCUGGCUGACAUCGACCCCAGCCCAGAUGCCCCGGCACCAACAUGGGAGCAACUUGACAAAGGACUCGUAGCUGUAAAGACGGUUGUGCACGGCUUAGUGGACUUCAUCCAGAACCACAGCAAGAAAGGAGGAGAUCCACAGCAGGCCCCUCAGCACAGUAAAUACAAGACCUACAUGUGUCGAGAUAUGAAGCAGAAAGGAGGUUGUCCCAGAGGAGCCAGCUGCACUUUUGCCCAUUCCCAGGAGGAGCUGGAAAAGUAUCGCAAGAUGAACAAGCGGUUGCCCACCAGGAAGACCUUAAGCCAGUCCCUGACGCAGCUUAAUGACAUGGACAUGGUUUGCCCCUCAAACCUUCUUCCUGAUGAGGGUUUGGGUGUGGAGGGUCUGGUCCAUAAACCUGGACUUGUCACUAAUGGCAUCAUACAUGUGGGUCCUGGAUCCGGGCUGCUGAUCUCACGAGGUGCAGAUCCUUCAUAUGAACCAGUACGCAAGCUGGGGAAGCCGGAGAGCGGAGGCAGCCUCAGUGCUCCGGAUUCACCUCCAGACUCAUUGGAUCCCAUGCCUAAGGUGAUGUUGCCUGCACCUCCUCAUCCUAGAGGGUCCAGGGAGAGUCUAGCUAGCCAUAAACACCUGUCUACUGCCUCCAGAAUUGCCCAGAUACCUCAGUACCCUCCACAUCAGCUCGAGGGCUAUUACUCAGACUCCAGACCACCACAUUCUGCCUCCCAGUACGAACCUUCUCAGUAUCCUGCAGGGAACUCCUACAAUUAUUCACACAUGCAUCGCUACGCCCGUAACCCUGGUCCCCCUGCUGACCCAGCCUACCCAGACUCCUAUCCACUUUCCUAUGCUUCAGAACGCCAGUAUGCAACUCCACCCUCUGACCCUCGGUAUAGCUACCCACCGCAUCACGACGGCGGCCGCCGCCACCCAGCGUACGGAGGCCACCUCCCACCCCAGUCCUACACACGGGAUGAGCUGGGGCACAGGAGUCCAGGGCCUAUGGACGCACCCCCACCACCACAGCCCCAAACAGCAGGGGCCUCCGCCUACCUUCCAGAGUCAUCACGAGACCGAUACAACGCUCAGAUCUACAACCACCACGGCCAGAGCAGAUCUCACAGCAGGGCUGCCUACCCUAGACCACAGCCCUCCUUGGAUGACCUGCACCGUCGAAGAAAGGAAAUCAUGGCUCAGCUAGAAGAGGUUAAAGUUGUCUCCCCUCCUCCUUUUGGCUCUUCUUCAAACCUGGCCCCACCUUAUGAACCAAGCUACAGCCAAGAAGCCAGAGGACAAAGCCAUUACAUGGAAGAGAACUCCACUGCAUUCGAGAGCUUCAGGGAGCCAGACUACGCUGCUCAGUACUCCCCGUGGUCAUGUGGCACCUUUGUUCCAUACAUCGGCAAGGAUAUGAAAUCCAAAGAGGGCAUGGCUGCAGGCUACAUGGAAAUGCAGAAUGUAGAAAAGAGCCUGAGAGAUCCUGCAUUGGAGCUGCAGCGCAGGGCACCUGAGGUCAAAGACGACGACCCCAUCAUUCCGUUCGGCUCACUGCCCACUGUUUCGCGCUUCGGAGCCAUCUCCCGCACGUCCAAAUCUGGCUACCAGCCUGCUGGCCUGAUGCCAGGCCACCCAGCCAAACACACUGCCAGUGCGGUUGAUUAUAACUAUGGAAAUCAUGGAGGUUGGAGUGAAGCUUCAUACCCACAACAUCAAACCAUGCCAUCUCAGGGAUACUUCAGUGAACGCCUGCCCCCUGCUGGCCCGGAUCGGGAACAGCUGAGGAUGGAACUACAGCAGGUCAACCAACAGAUCACUCAGCAGACUCGGUCUAUAGAGAGCUCCAGCAGUGUGGUGGCUAUGCAGAGAGAGCCUGUCUCUAUGGCCGGCCAGUCCGCUCCAGUGGAGUGGUCCACAGCUGGCGUGUCCAGUGAGCAGCUGAGCCUGGAGCUGCAUCAGGUGGAGAGAGAGAUCGGCAUGAGGACGAGGGAGAUGGCCUUGGAGGGCCAUGGGAUGAAGUAUAGAUGUGAAAAUGGACAGAGUGAUCAUGGCAUGCAGCGAGAGGAGCACCAGCUAGCCCUCAGCGAGGGCUCAAAUGGCUCGAGUUCUGUGGUGCAGGACUGCGGUUUGGGCAGCAGCAGCAUGUCCUCUCUGACCAGCAAGACGUCCUCCCUGAGCCUGUCAUCCGAUCUGGUGGCAAGCAGCCCGGACCUGUCGAAGAAUGGGGUGGUUCACACAUGUUCCUAGCCCAUUCUCUUUGUCUUAUGCUACCUGCUGCCCAAGACUAGUGUGGCCCUUCUCUCUUUCUCUCUCUCUCUCUCUCUCUCUCUCUCUCUCUCUCUGUCUUUUUCUCUCUUUCUUCAAAAAGACUUUGGUCUUUAGCUGGUCUUACCUAUUCAUAUUCACUUCAAACAUCCCCUACAAGGCCACAUUACAGCAUCCCUCUGUCCAGCAUGCUCCUGCUUUUAUUGGAUGACUUCUAUCGUUCUUGCCGCCGCAGUAUUGGGAUGUUGAAUAUCCCAGAUUUCACAUUUUGUUGAGGAUAAGGGCUACGUUGGUACAAUCUGGAUUUAAAACAACCACUAAUGGACAACCAGGCAGAUGUGGGUGGGAUUCAUUUAAAUUUAAUGACAAACAAACUGGCACAGUCAGACUUACGGGAUUUUUUUUUUUUUCAUAAGCAGUAUCUGCCAUUUAUUCAGUUAUUUUUAAUUUUUUGUUCUAUGAAUGAAUUUGCUUUCCUUUUUUUUCUAUGACAAAGCGUAUCUCUCAUUGCCUUGUAAGUCUCAGGGCAUCUGAGAAACAUUUUAGCAAUGGAAGUGUUUACUUCUCCUCACUGAUGUCUGCAGAGUUCAUAAUAAUAAUAAUAAUAAUAGUAAUAAUAAUAAUUUAAAUGAUAAGAAAUCCACUUUCUUGGCUUUCAAACUUAAAAAAAAAAAAAAAAAAACUACAUUCUUAGUAGUUACCGUGUUCAUUAUUACGCUUGCGUAGAUCUAAUUCCAGUUGAGCAGUUUACAUUGUCCAGAUUUUUACUGGUUGCAGGUAAUCAUUUCUUAACCACAAUGCAUAGAGCAGAAAAAGAGAAGAAUAAACGUCUCAUUCUUUAAAGUAACCUCAAAUCCGAAUCCCCUCCAAAUUCAGUGCUUUUUAAUGUCUUAGCAUUUUUGCAUCUCCUCAACACCCAGGAUCUGUUUUUCCUGUCUUUGCUUUGCUAUAUCUGCCAGGUUGACCUUCCUGGAGAAAUCAUCUAGAUCCAUUAAGUUUGUGUGUUUUUAUUGUGCUUUAUUAUGUAUUUUUUAUAUGAACCCUUUUUGUUCAGAGGUGAUCAGAAACGUUCAGUAUACUCAGCUUCUGGUGGAUGCCAGAAAGCCACUCGUACAGUACACAGUAGCCUACGUUCUCUCUUCUUUUCAAACCAUACACCAACGUACCUCUCAGCUUGGAAAUCUUUUCUGAACAGUGAUAUUUAGGGCUGCAUGAUAUCAGGGGUGGGAAACUGACAUUGCAGUAUUUUUUUCUGAGAUAUAUAAUAAAGUUAAAGUGUGUAUACAGCUCUGGAAAAAAAUUAAGAGACCACUUCAGUUUCUAAAUUGGUUUGAUAUUUAUAGGUAUAUGUUUGAGUAAAAUUACAUUUCAUUGUUGUUUUAUUCUAUAAACUACAAACAACAUUUCUCCCAAAUUCCAAAAAUGACAAAUGGCUGAAAUAAAGAAAAAGAUGCUUUCUGCUUUCAGACUUCAAAUUAUGCAAAAAAAAAAAGAAAAUCAUAUUCAUAAAGUUUUAAAAGUUCAGACAUCAAUAUUUGGUGGAAUAACCCUGGUUUUAAAUCACAUUUUUAAAGCAUCUUGGCAUGUUCUCCUCCUCCAGUCUUCCAGGCUUUUCGAUAACUUUAUGCCACUCCUGGUGCAACAAUUCAAGCAGUUCAGCUUGGUUUAUGGUUUUUAAUUUGGUAAAAAUUUUCAGAGCUGUAUUAUAUAAAUCUCAGAAAACAUGUUUUUUUAUGAUUUGGUUAAAAAUGUUAAUAAAUGUUGAAACACAUUUUUACCAACAACAUAUGAUGAUACUAAUCUAACAAGGAUAUUAUUAAUACACUUUGUGUAUUCAGUAUUAAAAUAUACAAUACAGGGCAGAUUUCUGCCUGGGAAUGAUCGUCAUUGCAGAUUAAAAUAUAUGGAUAUAUUGUGCAGCCCUAGUUAUAUAUUUACAUGCUUCAUCCUGAGGAUGGAAUCAAAACAGUCUAAGAGACACAAUGUUUGAACACAUUCUGUUUUAUGAAUGUUUUAUACAGUCUACUUUCACUUCAUCAGUGAAAUCUUGAUCUACAUGCAGAUCUCCUGGACGAGCGACAACGCUGGUCCUGCUUUUAUGGUUACGGUGCUCUGCUCUACUCUGGUGUGGCCUUCUCCUCCCCUACGUGAACGGUUAACCUGUUUUAAACACUGGCUCUUUUAGGACACGUAUUGUUCUACUAUCUCUAAUAGCUUGAGUAGUUUGAGACGGCUGUUCUGAUCACCUCUAAUCAAACUGAUGGGACUCUUUGUUUUUUUUUCUUUUUAACUUCUGUGAAGUUGCUGGAACAUUUUGGCAGAUUGGCAGGUUCAUGAUUUUCUCCAGGAAGCCACUUUGGGGAUAUUGGUCUAUUGUUUUUGGGGGUCAUGUACCACUUUUUUGUUUAGUUAGCUUUUAACAAAUAUGGCUGCUUCAAAAGAGCUUAAUAUAUUGGCCACAAACCACAGGAAUGUGAUAAGCAUGGGUUCUGAUGGACUGGGAUUGAGAUUUUCUUUUUUUUUUCCAAACUACCUAUAUGCAGUCUUUUCAUAGACUGUACAAUACAUUAUUCAUUGCUGUACAGAUGUACUGGCAAAGGCAGAUAUUGUACAUUCAAUAGCAAAUGAAAUUAAAAAUAGGACAGAAUAUUGCAUUGUUUGUAGUUCUGUAGGUGAUGAAAUUUCAGUAUCAGCUAUGACUUAUGUGCGCUAUUUAUUUUUUACAGGGAUCAGAAGUAAACUGCUUCUCUCAUUUUCUCAUUUUACACAGUUCACUCAUACCCAAACCGGAAUUAAGGCCCAAUCCCAUUUCACCCCUUGGCCCUACCCCUUACCCCUACCUCUUCUUUUCGUGGGUAAAACUUCCCCCUGAAACAGAGUUAGAAGAGGAAGGGGUGAAAUCUUCCCCCUUAGAACUGGGACAGCCCUUCAAGCACCCGAUACGUCAUCAGCAGCGCUAAAGUUCAGCAACCUAGCUGCUGCUGGUUAACUAGUUAAGUUUUGGGCAUAUUUUAUUGUAUGUCUUUAGAAAGGGGGUAGAUGUUGCAGAAAUUAAGGAUUAUUGUGCAUUGCUUAAUGGGAGCUAAAAUGAGCUUUGAUUAGCUUUUAUUUUGUCUUAUUUUUCCGUUCUGCCUUAAAUGCUUAAGCCACUGCUGUCUGUUGCACCAUUUAAAGUGGAAUUGAAAAAUGAGUUAGCUAGCUAGCUAGUUAUCUUUUUUAUGCUUGUUAUGAAGAAUUUGGCCAUACAACAUUGAAACUACACAUUAAUCUUUGGUCAUAUCAUGCUAAUCAUCACUUUUAACAAGGGAAAUAUUUACAUUUGUGAGUUUCUUAUCUGUAAUUCUCAUAUUCCCUUCGUUUGAAGUGUGCAUCUGAAAAAUAUCUGCCCUACAGCCUAAUAAGAAUCGGUACACCCCUAUCCCUCGGCGUGCACAUGCAAAACAGAAGGGUAGGUGUAGGGGGUAGAGCCAAGGGGUGAAAUGGGAUUGGGCCCAAGUCUAGCCUUGUCUUUUAAUAGGAAAUUCCAUUUAAAAUGCUGUGUCCUUAGUCCUUAGGCUUAAUCCCUGUUAGUGAAAUUGCCGUUAGUGUUGAUUUAACACUGGCGUAUUUUAAGGAAGUGAUGGUUUGUUUGGCUUUAAUUAAUUUACACUAAAGCAGUGAUUCCCAGACUGGUUAAUAGAUGCCCACAAAUGGUCUAGAUUUUAGCUCUCUAACCCAACGCUAUACAAUAACUGAGCUAAACGUUGUACUGUUUGUACAGGGGUUCCUGAACUGUGGUUUGAGGACCUGGGUUGUUCAGUUCCAGUCCUUGACGUCUGCUGUUCAGCACGCUUAACACCAGAUUAAUCAGGAAAAUCAGUGGAGAAAAAAAUAAACCCUGCUGAUCUGCUGAUCUAUGCUCUGGUACAUUGUAGGCCCUGGACUGUUGACCUUAGAUGCCAAAGCGAUAACCUAGUCUGAGCUGUUUGUGAAGAUGGUAAAGAAAGAGUUCCUGAAAGUUCAGUAUUAUUUCCAAUGCAGCUCCUGCUGUUCCACAAGCAAUAAUUAAUUAAUAAAUUGUCAACGACUUCUCAAUAGACUUAUUAAACUCGAGAAUUCAAGAUCACUGAGAUCCAGAUGUUAAUUUCUGAGAUCUCCCUACCGUAUAAAAAAAGUUUGACUGUUUGUUUGGUUGUUUGUUUUGCACGGAGGUCACUUCCAACCACUGUUUUUUUGCGAUCUGUUCAUAAUUUUUUCACAUAUAUUAAGCAUUUAUACACGAUGUCACCUUGACCUUACUAUUGUUUUGUUUCUACAGUUGUAACGGCCACUGAUUAAAUAAAUAGUCUCUCGAGACAUUCUACUGCAUCCUUUAACGCACCGAUUUGGUGUAAAUAAUUUUUUUAUUUAACUGUUACUAUCGCUUGCGUAAGAGCUUUUGACGUUUGAGCAGUCGUAAAGAUUGCAGUCCGAUCGCCUCCGAUUAUGCGGUGGCAGGGAUGACAGUUAUAGGCAGAUCUGUACAGAUUUUGGUGAUGUGCUUUGUGAUCAGAGGUAUGGCUUCUUCGUUGUGGCAGGAUAGCUUCUUAGUACCUGCUUGUGGAGUUUUGCAUGCGUGUUAUUAUACGUGUUUUGUUGUUUUAUGUAGUGAAAACCCACCAGUUUGUUGAGUACUUGAGGGGGAAACCACCCUGUGCCUUGCGCCUUUAUUUGCAUCAUCUGCAGGAGUGAUUGAGGAUUAUUGAGGAUUUUUUUUAGUGUGUGUGAGCUUGAUUUGGCCUUUUUUAAGGAUGCUUGUAUCUGCGCACUGCUGCACUCCUAGUAGUGUGUUUUCACUAUUCAUGGCUAUUCAUAAUAAGCCGGUACAGUUUUAAUGUAUCUGUAAGAGUAGAGAUAUACUUGUUGAUAUGCUGUUGGGCCCUGGCUUCACAUAGACAACCUGCAUAGGCUGCAUUCUGAAGAUGUUCUGCAGAUUGCAUACGUAUUUCAUUUAUUUCUAAGGAUGUGUGCAAAAAACUGACACAGGAUACGUGAUGCAGCCAUCGUGCGAACACAAGCAAUUACGUCUGCUUGGUUGGUUUAACUGUGUGUUUCUAUUUUGUAAGACGAUUUGACAUGCAUUAAGGAAAGCACGUCCAUAUGUGUUCUUUGUGUGACUGGUUUGUGUUUUGUGUUUUUUUGAGACUGGUUUAAAUUUGUUUCUUUACUUGGAACGCAGUGAUGAACUGGUCUCUCUCUCUAUUUCUCACACUCAGAAGGGCUUCAGCUACUAGCUUACUAAACGAACGAAUGAUUUAUUGUAUGAAUGAAUAAAUGAGUGAGUGAAUGAAUAAAUGAGUAUUUCUGUUUUUGCUCACUGAAAUAUUAGCUAUAUUAGGUUUUACCUAUUGUUGCAAGGCAACAUCCACAUACAUCCUCCCAUCAGCCAAUGGGAGAACAAAUAUAAGUAAAAAGGGAACCAAAUCGUUUACCCGUUCUUUUACUCAAAGUGUCAAUGUCUUAUUUAUAAUCGGUGGAAAGCCUCAAGUGUCUCUGUCUCUUUCUGUCUCUCUCUUUUGGAGCUCGUGUUCUAUACAAUGAUCAUGGCUGUGGACUCCUAAAGGGGGUAUAAAUGUUGUCUAGUUGCUUUUUUGAAUGUUUUAUGUGGAUUUUUAAUACUGAUUUGUUUCAAACUACUAAUGUGUAGUGGAGUCAGAAAACAGAAGAGGAGGAACUAGUCGAAACUGAAUGGGGGGAAUGGGCGUGGGGUGGGAUGGGGCGUGUCUUGUGAGGGGCUAGAGUUGGACUAAAAGCUGGCUCAUUUAUACUCACUUUAUAUAUGAAAAUGAAUACGUCUUCUUCAUAACCAUCAUUGUCUGCAUUGCCCACACACUGCUUUGUGACCUUUACAUUUACACUGCCAUUGAUAUAUUAAGCAUUACAUCCAGUAGAGGGCAGUCCAGAUUCAAAGAUUCAUGGCUACGUCCCAAUCGCACACUAAUUAAAUUAAACAAUAAUACUACAAGGCAUAUAUAAAGACUGUAUUUUUCGCACUAUAAGGCACACUAUGCAACACUAGUAAGGAAAAAAGGGGUGUCGCCAUGCUGGGGAUGAGAACUGUAAAGCUAAGCUAAUCUAAGUAAACAAAACUGUAAUUCUUCAAACAUGUUCUUUUAAAGUUAAAUGAGCGCUGGAUGUUAAUCUAUACAGAUUUAUCUCCUGAAUACUGUUUAUAUAGGUGGGUAAAGUAAAAGCUGCCGUAUCUAUAUAGUAAGUGUAUAUUUCCAGAUAGUGCCGCCCCACAGAGCUACACUGAGGAACCCUGAGUGUUCUAGUUAGCCAGGGUGAUAUUAGCUAGCGGUUCAUUCUAUGUAGCUUGUUUUAACAUGGUAAGCACACAGACUACAGUGCGAUAUGCUCACCUCUGAAUGGCGAAAGAGGUUAGUGCUGCAUUUAGCGGCUAAUGCUACCCUGGCCCAGGGUUAGCAGCAGGCUACAGGCUUAUAAUACUAACCUCUGAAUGGUGAGGGGUUAAUGCUGUGGUUAGCGACUAAUUCUAAUACUGCUUCAACAGUGCUAGCCGGGGUUAGCAGCAGGCUACAGGCCGAUAAAACUCACCUCUGAACGAGGAAAGAGCUAGCACUCAGUGCGGUUAGCGGCUAAUGCUACUACUGCUCCAGUCUCUGUGCUGGAAAAACUAAACUAAAACUCCUGUAUAACGGUGUACUCCAGCGGAGUUGCUUUACUGCUACUUAUAACCUGACUGGUAAAAUUCAUAGAAAAGGUGCACUGAUGAUUUUGGGAAAAUUAAAUAAUUAAGUGUGCCUUAUAGUGCAAAAACUAUGAUACUUAUCAUAGUAGUCCAUGUAAAUGCACUUGCGUUGCUGUCUGCAAUUUAUUUCUAAUAUUCUUCCAGAUGUGAGUAGCUCCUCCCUUUCCAUUUUCCAGUGCAUUGUGGGAUAAUAGUGUCCCAUCAUAACUGCGUUCAGUUCUGAGUACAUAUUAUAAAAAGUUUAUAGUCAAAAACUAGUUAGUAAUUAGUACAUAAUGGGGAAACACCCUCUGAAAACAAGAAACAUGGCAAUGAUGAAAGAAGUCAUGAGAAUGUACUACCAAAAAAACAGAAGUGGCAGUGGUGUAAACAGCAGUGUAAAUGGUGUAAAAUAUAUUUCUGUCGUACAUAAAUAUGAUUAAAAUGAACGCAGAAUACAGGUAGUAUGUCUCUAUUCGUAUCCAUAUUUGUAUUUAAUGCUGAGCAUAAAUGAGCCUGAAGUAUUGGAGUAUUGAGUGUGUGUGCGUGCGUGUGUGUGUUUGUGUGCGUACGCAUGUGUGUGUGUGUUGCACAGCUGGGUGAGGAAUGACUCAUUAAAUACGUCAAAUCACACUCGUUUUUCUUUUUCACGUUUGUUGUGAAACGGACAGUAUGAAGUAGUAGUAGCUGCAGCGCUCGUGUUUUAGCUCAUAGCUGUAGGACAUUGUGUUGAAAUGGAUGAUUGUGUACGAGUCCCGAUGGGAAUGUGUUGUUUUUUACUUUUUUUUUUUUUGCUUUCUCUUUGUUCUUUUUGUUAAAGUUGUUCACGCUGAACAUUCUCAUUACUUCCUCUCACAUGUUAUUUUUUUUGUUUGUUUUUUGUAACGUGGGUCUAUUCUUGCAUUUAUUAUUAUUAUUACUGCUGAUAUUAUUUUAUUUGUGAAUUCUCUGCUUGGGAAAUGUAAUUGCUUUUGAUGAUUACUCCCAAGUUAGCUCAUUAAAGAUUGCUUAAAUUAAGGUACAUAACUAACUGCAACAUGAAUAACAAUGUUUUUAUAUGAAUAUAUAAAUAUUAUACUCCAUUAAGGAAUAUUUAGGACUAUAUUUCUCCAAAUGUGGAUCUAGCUGUUAAACUUUUUUUUUCUUUGUUAAAGAAUUCACUGUGUGAAAUUUUGGAUUGCGUUUUUGUAUAAUACAAUUGCUUUGUUUUCUUUUGAAAGGGGAGGGAGGGAGGGAAGGAGGGUAACAAACUGGAAGUUAGAAUUUGAUGAGGAAAAAAAGUGAAAUUAUUUAAAAAGAUGUGUAAUUUAAUGUGCAACGAUGAUUCUGUACUGGCAGGGAUUGUGAUUAAAUGAUAUUGUAAACCA